UCACUGCUGGGCACUGACGGGCAGCACUGCUAGGCACUGACUGGCACAACUGCUGGGCAAUGACUGGCACAACCGCUGGGUACUGACUGGCAGCACUGCUGGGCUGCACUGAUGGACACUGGUGGGCACAUGUGGGUGUGCACAGGUGGGUGGCACUGCUGGGCACAGGUAGGUGGCACUCUGGGUGGCACGGUGUGGCACUGCACUGCUGGGCACAGGUGGGUGCACUGCUGGGCACAGGUGGGCAGAAACUGGUGGGUGGCACUGCUGGGCACCGAUCAUCAGGACACUGAUCAUCAGUGCCCUGAUGAUCUGAGCCGAUCCCUGCUCUGACAACUGCCGAUUCUCGGCAGUACUUUCCUCACGAUCUGACAGCGUGAGGAAAGUGCAGCCGAGAACCGGCAAUUGCAU